UGGGCGGCAGGUGCGAGGGCGCGUUUAAGGACGAGCGCGCCCUCGCUGCGAGCCCUUCGUGCUGUGGACACGAAGCGAGAAGCGAGAGGCCAUCGCCACAGAGUGGACGACUCGCGGACAGGGAGAGAGAGAGACUCACUCACUCACGCUUGCUCGCUCGCUCACACUCAAGGCUCAUCGUACUCGCAGUGUGCAGCCGCCACGGCUGUUAGCUCCAUUGGAGAGCCCGAGACACACGGGGAAGAGAUACAUAGAGAUAUAUAGAGAUAGAGAGAUAUAGAGAUAAGUUGCGUAAACGGGGACCGCUGAAGAAGAUGUCAGACAAGCAGAGCUCGUUCCUGCAACAGGCGGAGAUCUCUGCCUCGCAGUUUCUGGAUGCGUGGAGCCGCUACGAUGCGGAUGAGAACGGCUUCAUCGAGGGCAAGGAGCUCGAGAACUUCUUCCGAGACCUGGAGCAGGCGCGGCGCGGCGUGGGGGUGGAACUGCCCGAGAGUGUGGUAAAAGAGAAGAUGAAAUCGUUCAUGGAAAAGUACGACAAGAACGCGGACGGAAAAAUAGAGAUGGCAGAGUUGGCGCAAAUUCUCCCGACCGAAGAGAAUUUCCUUCUCUUCUUCCGGCAACACGUCAAGUCCAGCGCCGAGUUCAUGGAGACGUGGAGGCGAUACGACACGGACCGCAGCGGCUACAUCGAGGCCAACGAGCUGAAGAACUUCCUGCGUGACCUGCUGACCAAGGCCCGCAAGAAGUACGACAACGAGAAGCUGGACGAGUACACGCACACCAUCUUGAGAAUAUUCGACACCAACCGUGACGGCAAGUUGGGUCUGGGUGAAAUGGCGAGGUUGCUUCCUGUGCAGGAAAACUUCCUGUUGAAGUUUCAGGGAGUCAAAAUGACAGCCAAGGAAUUCAACGAGAUAUUCGCGUACUACGACAAGGACGGGAGCGGCUACAUCGACGAGAACGAGCUGGACGCCCUGCUCAAGGACUUGCUGGAGAAGAACAAGCAGGAGACGGACAUCCAGGCCAUGACGGUCUACCGCAAGAACAUCAUGGCCCUCUCGGACGGCGGGAAGCUCUACAGGAACGAGCUGGAGCGAGCGCUCUGCUCCGAGACCCUCUAAUGCCUUCACCCCAGCCCACGCUGCACCCAUCCCCACUUCCCUACCCAGCCUGCGCUCCCACAUUGCCCCCGCCCCUACCUGGCCACAAUCAGGAGUUGAAACCUCUGCAGAGUCUGGCGAUUGCAAACAGCGGUCGACGUUUUAAAUCGAAUUCCGAACGGUUGACAGCUGCGUGUCGUCGGACGCGCGACGUCCGUUCCGACGUUUUUCGCUCCACAAGCCGGGGAGGAAUUCUUCAGCUCCUCCUGAAGUUCUUUGAAAGCGAAGAAUUCGGUUGGCUGGAGGCAGUCUCCAGCACGUGGAGCGAAACGUCGGACAUCGCGCCCAGACAACACGCGGGAACAAACCCGAAUUCGCAAUCGGAGAGGCUCAACCGAUGUGCCGCUCGAGCGAGUCGCGGGGCUCUGCUCGUCUCAGUCGGCAGCCCCGAGCCUGCUGUGGAAAUUCCACAUUCCCAUGCCAGGGAGCAGAAUCUCCACGGAACGGCCGAGAUUCAUAAUCCUGAAGAGUGGCUCUCUGGUCAGGGCCAGGGUGUGAACUUGUGGUUUUAUUAGUCGACUACAAAAUGAGCGAAAUAUCAGCCGAUUUAAUUUAAAAACGACGAUCCAAAACUAUAAUUAUUUCGAAAAAAGUCAAAGUGAUUUCUUACCAAAUUGCCUACAGCCAGUAGUGGGGACAAUCCCUAUUCCUAUGGCGGGGGAGAGACGUUCCAUCGGACAACCACUGUUGACUUGCCCACAAAAUGGUACUAAUUAUAUCGGCCCCAGAGGGAUGAUGGGCGGAGUCAACUCCCAACCAGGAUUUGAACUCGCGCGACCUUUCUGAUUGCUGCGAGCCGUCCAGAAUCGGAAUCUCGAUUUUAGACCGGAAGAAAUCCGAUGAGCUAUGAAGCUCUUUUCCCCCCACAGAUAAUCAGUUGAGGGGCGCGUCAGACAAAUUCACAACAAACGGAACAAAAACACAACGGCGGGAGUGCAAAGCAGAGGGGAAAGCUAGGCAAGUCGCUAACCAUAAAUUAUAAAAUAUAUAUAUAAAAAAAGUACGAAUCGCACAAGCACAUCAAUCGGCGCUCGCUCUCUCCACGCUUGGACCCCACCCCCUGUGAGCAAUCGCUCCGCUCCAGCCGGUGGCCACGACGGUGGGAGAGCUCCAGACGUGAAGAGGUGCCACUUCUGACCUGGCGACCCCUCCCUCCGCCCCCCACCCACUGCCGACUCGCUGCAAGCUUUGCAUGUGCAGUGCCCCCCUCCUCCUGCUGCCCCCCCCUCCCCCGCCCGAAGGCUUGCGUAAUAAACGAGCGUCGCUCGAGCGAAAGCCGAGAUGGGAGACGACGCAAAUCUCCCCCCACCCCUGCCCCCCAUGAUGACGAUGAGAGCGAAUUUCUUACCGCGGCUACCGCCACCGCCGCUCGCCUGCUGCUGCUGCUGCGGUGGUGGCGGCGGUGACGUCUGCGCUUCAGCGGCGUGCAUGUGGUGACGUUUCGCUUGCCGAGUGUGUCCUUGAUUCCGUGUUUACUUCUGGAGUUUUGCGGUUGUUUUUCUUCCCCCCCUCCCCCUCUCUCUCUCUCCUCCCCAUGCAUCAUCGUCGUCGUCUGGAAGCCUUGUUCGCCUCCGCGUUGCUUUUUAGCUGCGGUACGCAUCGGCUGAAAUCCCCUGGUGGUGGUGGUGGCGAUGGUGGUAGUGGUGGUGGUGCUCAUAACCGGGAGCGGUGAGCGCGCACUGCGCUACGAACCCGGUGACCCGAGUUCAAUUCCUGCUUAACGGCUACCUCCCCGAGGUUGACUCAGCCGCAAAUUAGUACCUGGCGCGGCGUAUAAACAUCAUCGCCGCCGUGGAGACAAAGACGGCCGGGCGUGGCGUUGGCCACCCACCCCCUCGUGUACCCUGCUGGCCUUCAUAGGUGCUCGCUAACAGCACUUGUCCCAACAGUCUGUUAAGGCUAUACGGGGGAUCUUUAUCUUUGGUGCCGAUCCGAAAAGAUCUUCACCAUUGUCAUCACCAUCGUCAUCAUCGCCAUCAUCACUGUCCCGCCUGUCCCCCCCAAAAACUCUGUGUGGAUUUAAUAUGGGGAAUGUUUUAUUGAAGAGAGGGAAGCUUGCCCCCCCAACCCCCCACCUUGACUGUUAAGAACAACACGUGACCCCUACUUCACAUCCAUCUCAAGCUGGUCCAAUCACCAUCAACGCUACCAUCACGCUGGUCCAAUCACCAUCAACACUACCAUCAAGCUGGUCCAAUCACCAUGAACGCUACCAUAAAGCUGGUCCAAUCACCAUCAACGCUACCAUAAAGCUGGUCCAAUCACCAUCAACACUACCAUCCAGCUGGUCCAAUCACCAUCAACACUACCAUCAAG